UUUAGAGUUUAGAGAGAGAGAGUGGUGAAAUAAGGAUCAAAUCUGUAUUCCGACCACCCAUCACCUCUUGACCUUAUCCGUUUUUCUUCUCUCUCUACUUGUACAUAGCCCCCCUAACCUUCCUCUUUCCUUUCCCAAUUCCUUCGUCCUUCCACCGCCCAAUCGGACUCCCAAUUUAAGCUCCUACAAAUCACCAAAAUGGCAGCAACUUCAGCCACCAUCUCUCCUGCAACACUAGCUCCGGCCUCUGCAGCCAACAUAUUAAAGAGAAAACCCACAAAUUUCAUAGUGGGUCUUAAUUCCUUUGGUGGGUUGAAAGCCCAAAACAAACUAUCAACUUUGGGCCUUCCCAAAUCCACUGAUCACUCUUUCUCACUCUUCGCCAAUUCCAUGAGAGCUUCAAUGGGUAGUAGUAAAGGCAAAGGGGGCGCCCUCUCUUCAACCUGCAAUGCAGCUGCUGAAAUUUUCAAGAUUGCAGCGAUCAUGAAUGGGUUGGUUCUCGUUGGAGUGGCUGUUGGGUUUGUUUUGCUUCGAAUUGAAGCAUCAGUAGAAGAGGCAGAAUAAGAGAGACAGAGAAUGGCUGUUUUUUUUAUUUUAUUUUAAUUUUCUUAAAAUAGGCUUGAAGCCUGUGAAAAAUCCAAUUGGUUGUUGCUGCAUAAACUGAUUCCUUAUUGUGGAUUUAGCAAUAUAUUUCCUCUCUCUCACAA